AUGCAUGGUGGCGAUGUUGAAGCUGCAGGAUGUCAUGAAGAUGAGAGGAAAGCUCUUUUGGAGUUCAAACAUGGACUUAUAGAUCCAUCAGGCAGGCUUUCAUCUUGGGUUGGAGAAGAUUGCUGUAAAUGGAAAGGAGUAAGCUGUCACAAUAGAACCGGACGCGUGGUUCACCUCAAACUUCGCAACCCUUGUUCGAACUGCGAAUGGUUUGACGACAUGUUGGGAGGUAACAAGAUCAGUCCUUCUUUGCUUGUUUUGAAAGAUUUAAAUUACUUGGACUUGAGCGGGAACUUUUUCUUCGGAACCGAAAUUCCUGCCUUCCUUGGUUCUCUACGAAAACUGAGAUAUCUCAAUCUUUCUAAUUCAUUUUUUGUUGGACCAAUUCCUCCGAAUUUCGGAAACCUCUCGUGGUUGACUCAUCUCGAUCUCAGUGCCUUUGAUGAUAAACCCGUUAUCAUGGGAAAUCCACAUCAUUUGGAGUGGCUUUCCCGUCUUUCUUUUCUAAAGUACCUUAACUUGGGUGGUUUGGGGUUUUCGUAUGAAUAUAAGGCUAUGAUCCAAACUCUUAAUAGCCUCCCAUCACUAGAGGAAUUGCACUUGCAUAACUGUGGCCUUUCAAGUGCCGAUCUUAAUAUUUCUUUUGUUAAUUUCACAUCCCUUAGGGUGCUUGACCUCUCCAACAAUGACUUGAAUUGCACAUUACCUCACUGGGUUUUCAAUCUUAAAAAUCUGGUUCACCUUGACCUAAGUGGCUCCAGUCUAUGUGGACAAUUUCCUGAUGGAAUUGUUUUGUCUGCAUGCUCCAACAACAGCUUAGAGACACUGGACUUGGGAUCCAAUGCAUUCAUGGGAAAUCUACCAGACACUUUGGGAUAUGUUAAGAGUCUAAAAGUUCUUCAGCUCCAGAAUAACUCAUUCCGAGGUUCCAUUCCGGAAUCCAUUGGAAACUUAACGUCUGUUGAGCAAGUUUUCCGAUGCAGAAAUGAAAAGAGUUUCAUCCCAGAAAGUAUCGGACAGCUCUCCAAGCUUGUUGUGCUAGAUAUCUCAAACAACCCGUGGGAAGGUGUCAUAACUGAAGCUCAUCUCAUGAAUCUUUCCCGCUUGGAGGAGUUUUCUCUCGGUAAUGAACUCCAUAGCAUUUCAGUGGUUUUCAAUAUAAGCUCUAAUUGGAUACCUCCUUUUAAACUCCGACACCUCAUCAUCAAAUCAUGCCAAUUAGGUCCUAAAUUUCCAACUUGGCUUCAAAAUCAAAAUCAGCUCAUCACAUUGGUACUAAAAAAUGCUAGCAUUUUUGACACCAUACCUCAUUGGUUUUUCCAAUUGUAUUUGCAACUUCAGACGCUAGAUUUUGUUCAUAAUAACAUUAGUGGCAGGGCGCCAAACAAAUUAAGGUUUUUUCCUGGUUCAACCAUGGAUUUGGGUUCAAACCAAUUUGAUGGCCCUCUCACACUGUUUUCAUCAAACAUUUCCACAUUGUCGUUAAAUAACAAUAUGCUUUCUGGAUCAAUCCCUUCUGACAUCGGCAAAGCAAUGCCCAUGUUAACAUAUUUAGAUAUCUCUUGGAACUCACUCAAUGGAGGCAUUCCAUUCUCCAUAGGUAAUCUAACUGAAUUGACAUCCUUCAUCAUCUCUAAUAAUCAUUUAUCCGGUGAAGUUCCUGAUGUGUGGAAACAUAAGUUACCGUUGAUAGUUUUGGAUGCGUCAAACAACAUGCUUUCUGGAACAAUCCCCAAAUCAAUUAGUUUUCUACAAAUGCUCACUUUUUUGCUUCUGUCUAACAACAAUUUUUCUGGAGAAUUUCCUUCCUGCUUGCAUAAUUGCUCAUCGCAUGUUAGUCUAGAUCUUGGUGAUAACAAAUUUUCUGGGAAACUUCGGCCUUUGAUAGGAGAAAACAUGGUUGGGUUGAUGAAUUUACGAUUAACAUCCAACUUCUUCAGUGGAAACAUUCCUACAGAAUUUUGUGACCUUACCAGCCUUCACAUCUUAGAUCUAUCACGCAAUAAUUUGUCAGGUCAUAUUCCACAUUGCCUUGGUAAUUUCGGUGAGAUGAGAUCCGACGACAUAUAUUUUGUCGGAUCUUCUACACUGGCAUUAACUAAUGGAAGCUUCAAGAUAAUGGCAAAAGGAAGAGAGCUAGAAUAUAAGUACCCCAAACUCUACCUUAUUAAUAGCAUUGAUCUAUCCGAUAAUAACUUAUCAGGGGAGAUUCCUGUGCAGCUAACAAGUCUCAUAGGACUGCAAACUUUGAAUUUAUCAGCAAAUCGUUUGACAGGGAAGAUUCCAGCAAACAUAGGUAACUUGACAACGCUAGAAACUCUUGAUCUCUCAAGAAACAAACUUUUUGGUCCAAUUCCAGUCAGCAUGAUUUCUUUGACAUUCCUGAAUCAUUUGAACCUCUCGUGCAACAACUUGACUGGAAAAAUCCCAACAGCUAACCAGUUCUUAACCUUUGAUGAUCCAUCAAUCUAUCAGGGCAAUGCCGGCUUAUGUGGAAAGCCUUUGGACAAUGUUUGUUUGGGUAGCAGCCAAUUUGGUACUCCAAGAGGAGAGAAAGAAGAGGAAGAUGGUGAUGUUGGGGAUAAGACUGAGAAGGUAGGCUUGUACAUCAGCAUUGCACUAGGCUUUAUUGUGGGGUUUUGGAGUGUUUUUGGCAGCUUGAUCAUUAACAGGUCUUGGAGAUAUACCUAUUUUGGGUUUGUUCAAAGAGUGAAUGAUACUUGUUUUGUACUGUUUCAUAGAAUGUUUAGAGGAAGAAAUGUAGCGGAUUGA